AUGCAACACUAUCUCUUGACUAUUGCUUUUGCUGUGGCUGUGGCCGCUCUCCCCCCAAGUGGACAGCAUGCCGAACAGGGCAACCAGGUUACUAUUCAACAAGCCCAGGAGCAGUGCCCCGGUGAAGUUGCGUGCUGCAUCAACAAGGAAGAAGUCGAGGGCAAUGGCGUCUUGGGCAACCUCUUGCAGAAAGGCCUUCUUUUGAACAACGUCCUUGGCACCCAGGAUUCUGCUUGUGCCAAGACAAGCUUGAUUGAGAACCUUAACUUGCUGGGCUUCACUGUGGAAGGCAACAACGGCCCUUCCUGCAAGUCUUCGACUGCUUGCUGCACUGGCGACAACUGUUCGGCUGUCUAA